GGGAGGAGCUUCAACCAUGGGUGGCGGCAGCGUGCUGGGUGGUCACGGCACACUGAUGAGCACGGCGGGCAUGAGCAAUAGUACGGUUGGCGGCGGCGGUAUGUCUGGCAUGGGAGCUCCUCCUGGCAGCUUGUUACAAGGCGGUGGCGCCAACGGCGGCCCACCCGUCAAUGUCUACGGCAAUGUCAAUGGUGGCGGCGGCGGUGGCGGUGGUGUUGGUGGUGGUGUUGGCGGUGGCGGGCAGAGCACAGCGCCUGGCUCCGUUAUCGAUUCACGAGCCGUUUCUGUGGUGGUAACCCUGCCCGGCGGACCCGGCUCCCAGCAUCCGGGGCAGGCGUUGAGCGACUACGGUCCCAUAUAGUUAAUGGUACGCCCGGACACCGCGCACUGGGUCUCAACAAGCAGCUUUAGUCAGCUGUAAGAGUGCAGUUUCCCCUCUCACCGGACACACUCUCUCUCUCUCCCCCUCUCACUCUUCCUCUCUUUCACUCUCUCCUCUCUCUCUCUCUGAUUACCAAUCUCUGCUUACCUGUCACACUUUCUCAGAGGUUUAAGAGCAAUGCCAUAUUAAUAUUUGUAGCUGUAGUUUUUGUUUAGAGAAAGGCGCAAUACAGAUUUUAAACUAUUUGCAUAAGAUUCUAGUCCGAAAAGCCCUUAAAAUAUUACCAACAACAACGACGACAACAAAGACAAGAGCGAGCGAGGAGAUCGAGAGUGGAAAAGGCUCUCGUGCAGCACGAGAAACCGGAGGCGCGUGUGUUCUGCAGCCAUUGGAGCGGCUUUUCUUUGGUUCUUUCCAUUAGUUUCUUCAACGAAAUAGACUGAGAAAACGAAACGAUAAGUAAAUACCAUUUAAAACAUAGAAGAAUACCAUACAAAAAGAGAGAGCAAAGCGAAAAGCAUAACAACUCUGCCCCCUCACACUGCCAAGUCAGAGCCACGAGCCAUAUUUCGAAAUUACAAGUAACUUUUAAUCAAACCAACUAAACUAUUAACCUUAACCUUAUAUAUACUACAUAUAUAUAUAUAUAUAUAUACCUAUAUAUAUAAAAACAUACACAUUUCGAAUUCGCAUUGAAAAAAAGUGUGGAAGUGCGUUUUUUUGGGGCGCACAGUGUUGCAAAAGCAUUUGUAAAUUAUUUAAUCUAACUUAAGCCAUUACCCAGCACUAUUUUUUGUAAAUAUUUUCAAAUUGCGCUUAGUUUGUAAUCGUUUUUUUUAUAACUUAACAUCCUAAACUAUAAACCCAAAAAAAAAAAAAACAAAACAAAAAUACAUAAAAGUAAUUUGCAUUUUAGCGUCAAAGGCAGCGCUGCAUUUAAGCUCAAAAACUGAAUUUAAUUUUUACAAAAACCUCCCAACAGUAAAGCAAAGAAAUUAACGAAAAAUAAUUUUAAAAAAAGAAGCAAAUAAACAAAAUUAUGCCAACUUCUAAUGCAGCCAAAUGGAGGGCGUUUUUUGCAUUUAAAGAGAGCAAAGGAAAAUUGUAAAAAGUAAAAAAAUUGAUCUAAGAUUAUCAAAUAAAUGUAAUUGUUAGUUGUAAACGAAACCCAAACAAACAAAACAAGCAUAAUAUCUUUCAUGCAUUAAA